AUGUGUUACUUCGACCGGGUUGUCUGGGCUUGCGGCAAUUGGAGGUGGGACAAGUUUCGCCAACAAUGCAACAAAGAAUACCGCAUCGGAGAGACUUGCGGAUUGAAGCUUGUGUACGAGCGGCGAGAUGAAGAAAGAAAAUGUAAAAUAUGCGAUCAAGUGACGAAGAAGGAAAACCGGAUUAGAAGGACGACCGACAGGAUGGCUCGGCUGCGUGAAUGGGAAUUUUUGGCCAGCCUUGAAAAAUGUGAAGAAGAGGUGGAUUCCUUGAAAAAUGAAAUUCUGAGACUGCGUCAGCAACACAGUACAAGCAUGCCUGGAGGAGGCGUCUACCGCCUUCAGUCCUCAAACACAUUCCAGCUCCAUGCUAGCAUUGAUGGCCCAUUCGCUCGCCCGUCGAUUCCCGUCGGCCUUACUGAAAGGCAAGAUGACCUAUCAUCAACGACGCUCCUCGGAAUUCACGCAGCCAGGCGUCAGAAGCGACCUAAAGACAGCAGCAAUCAUCUAUCACAUCUCUCCAUAACCUCGGCUGGAAUCAAAAAGCAUGGGAAGACUUUGGCUUAA